CAAUUUAAAUUAAUUUAGUUGAUUUGUUUUCGUUAGUAAUUAAUUUUUUUUGUAGGCUUUUUCUUCCUGGUUUGAUGAUUAUUGAGAAAUUUAUUUUUAUCAUUUGAAAAGAUCAUCAUAACCUUGAGAUUUUCCUUGUUGUGAAUGUGUAAUGCAAGUGGUUUAAUUGUCAAAUCUUCCAGUUUGUUACUCAUCUUCAGUUCCCUUUGCAAAGGCGUUGUAAUUUUGCUCUGUUUAUAAUUAAUUCUAUAUUGCAAUUAUCUCCCUGAAUCAUCACUGAAUUUCUUGCUUCUCCAUCUGGAUUGGAAUUCUCCUAUUUCACUUGUAAAUUCUUCAAUAAAUCAAUUUGCAAGAGAAAUUCUAUUUGUUUUUGCUUCUCUUCUACCAAAAAUUCCAUCAACUGCCAACUCUCAGUUUUUUUCUCUUUGGAACAUUUAUUGAGAAUUUAAACCUGAUCCUGUUUUCUAUUUUUUUUUGCCCCACGGACCUAAAUUAUUAAAACUAUUCUACUUGACCUGUUGUAUUGUUUUACUCUUUUGUCCUUGGUAUCAUCAUGAUGGGAUCAGAAAGUCAACAAGGAGUACCUGCUGAAUGGUGGGUCGUUUCUUGGAGAAAUCAAAUUGUUACUGGUUUGUCGUUACUCCAAGUUGUCUUUGGGAUAAUUACCUCUCUCAGUCUUUUCUCUUUUAUUGCCUGUGUACCUACUGGACUUUCACUUGUUUUCGGAGCAAUUGUUGUCCUUUCUAUCGAGGCUCCUGCUUUUGUCUCUUUCAUCCGUUUCGCUCAACCUAUUACAGCAUUUUUCGAGGCAAAACCUUUGUGGAUUAAAGUUGUCACCUACGCGGGAUUAGCCAUUUUACCUUGUCUAUUUGGCUGUUAUGGACCAUUCUUUUUCUUUGGCUUCUUUUGUGCUCUCGGAACCACUGCAAUUUAUGGUGUAAUACUGAUUGGACAGAAAGCUAAUCAAGAUGACAUGAGAUUCCAAGCUGGUGGAUUCUCACCAGCUUAGACCUGGCAUCAAAUUCAACUCCAAUCUCAUUUCAUGUUCAUAUAUUUAUAUCCUUCAGAAAGAGAGAGAGAGAAUCUUAUCUCAAUAUUUAUCAAAACACACCUCUAAUUAACACUUCUCUCUCAUUCGUCAUCAUAUAGUUGCCUUGAAAGGCGAAAUGUUUAGACUAAUGGCCACCCGAUAAACUCUGAUCCUGAAACUUAUUGAAAAAGAAAAGACCAAAAUUAUCCCAUUUCGAGCUCAUCGAUUUCCACCUGUUGAACAACCUGUUGUAUCUUUGAUAAUCAUCGUCAUUUAACUUUGGAAUUGUCAAUCAAUUUACCAAUCUCACCUGAAUCAUUUUUCUGAAUCUUCCACUAUUCCAUUUCCUGAUGAGCUGUCUGACUUUUGUUGUUUUCUCCAGAAAGAUAUGAGAUCAUGUUCUUGUUAUUACAUUUUUUUUUCUCCUUCAAUCACAUAAGGAAACACAUAUAUUCCAUAUUUAAAGUAUUUACCCAAUUCGAUCAAUUCUCCGUUCAACUAAUCGAUUGCUUCAUCAUGGCUACUCCAAAUUCCAUGUUAAAAAAUGAAUUAACCAAAGCGACUUAAUCGUUGAAAUUACAUUUACCUCCAAAAGAAAAUCAUUAUUACCUGUGCCUUUGGAUGGGGAUACAAAAAUCAUCAUCAUCUUGUUUGAUGAUUAAACCAAUUUCUAGGAUAAAAAAAACAUUACUUCUGAUGAUUGUAAUGAUUCCAGUUUAACUCUCAUAUUUAUCACUCAACCAUAAACAAAUCAAAUUAACCACCACAACUACAUUGGGAUCAUGUUUAUAUCACCUUAAUAAUGAUAAUCUUAAAUUGCUAUCAAAUUGCAACUGAAGCCAUUUAACGAAUUGUUUCCUUUAAAGUUAAUAAUUUGAUCCAAACAUGUUAUUAUACAUUAUCGAAGACAACAAUUUAAUGGACGAACAACAAUCAAGCCUCCAUCAAUUACCAUCUCUAUAAUUUAAUUGUUAACAAAAAAUCGUCAAAGUUAAUCAUCUUUUCCUUUGGAAAUGAAGUAAAAAACUCUUGGUUGAUUACUAUUAAUAACAUUGCCGGAAUCAAGAUCAAUUAACUUGAACAAUCGUUAUGACACUAAAUUGACGACCAAACAAUCAACUGUUUUUCCAACAAUUUAUUAAUCAUCCAUUCUAAUUGUAACAUGAAAAAAGUGCAAUUUAAUAUAAUGCAAAUCAGAAGCUUAAACCAUUAAACAAAUUAAGCCAAUGAAAAUUGAAUUUUA